CCGAGUUAGGUUCAAAGGAAAGAGGACCCGACGAACCACAAACAGACAGUCGUAAAGCUUCCUUCUCUACUUUUUACGAUCAAACCCACAUUCCCCCAUCUACCCAUCUCUUUCCUCAAUUCUCAAAUCUCCAUUUUCUCACUUGGGUUCUCUUUUUCUUCGUCUCUUAGGGAAGCUUUCACUGCCCCUUUCUCUUUCAAUGCUUCACUUCUUCGUCACUGAAGAAACAGGACUUCGAUUUUGAGAUUGGAAAUGGUGGAUGACCAGUUGGGGCUGUGUAUCUCUCUGAUUUUGUUGUCCCUAUCAACUGUUUGUUUGUGUGCCACUGACAUAAAUGAUGUCAAAAUUCUGAAUGAUUUCAGAGAGGGGUUAGAAAAUCAAGAGCUUCUCAAAUGGCCUGACAAUGGGGAUGAUCCAUGUGGGAUUCCUCCAUGGCCUCAUGUUUAUUGUGCUGGUGAUAGAGUUUCUCAGAUUCAGGUUCAGGGUUUGGGUCUGAAAGGGCCAUUGCCUAGUAAUUUUAACCAGCUCUCUAAACUCUCCAAUUUGGGUCUCCAAAAGAACAAAUUCAAUGGGGCAUUGCCCUCUUUCAGUGGUUUAUCAGAACUGGAGUUUGCUUACUUAGAUUUCAAUGAAUUCGACACGAUCCCAUCGGAUUUCUUUGAUGGUUUAAGCAGCAUUAGGGUAUUGGCUUUGGAUUAUAACCCGUUCAAUGCCACUGUUGGAUGGUCUCUUCCUGAUGAGCUUGCCAAAUCAGUUGAGCUCACAAAUCUUUCACUGGUGCAGAGUAAUCUGGCUGGACCUCUCCCUGAGUUUUUGGGGACAUUGCCAUCAUUGACAGCUCUGAAGCUGUCCUAUAACAGGUUAACAGGUCCAAUUCCCAAAAGUUUUGGGCAGUCUUUGAUGCAGAUUCUGUGGCUAAAUGACCAAGAUACAGGAAUGACUGGUCCAAUCGAUGUAAUUCCAUCGAUGACUUCUUUGACUCAACUAUGGCUACAUGGAAACCAGUUCUCAGGGGUGAUCCCCGAAAAUAUUGGGGAUCUAGCAUCUUUGUAUGAUCUUAAUCUCAAUAGAAAUCAAUUUGUUGGUCUGGUUCCUGAGAGCUUGGCCAAUAUGAAUUUGGAUAAUCUGAUCCUCAACAAUAACCUUCUAAUGGGACCUAUACCAAAGUUCAAGGCUGUUAAUGUUACUUAUGAUUAUAACUAUUUUUGUCAAUCUAAGCCAGGUCUACAAUGUGCCCCUGAAGUCACUGCACUUUUAGACUUUCUUGGCAGUCUGAAUUAUCCGAUACGUCUUGCAUCGGAGUGGUCAGGGAAUGAUCCAUGUCUAGGGCCAUGGUUGGGGCUGAGUUGCAAUCCUGAGUCCAAGAUUUCGAUAAUCAAUUUGCCCAAGCGUGGGUUUCUUGGUACUUUGAGUCCUUCCAUAUCAAAGUUAGAUUCAGUAAUGGAAAUUCGACUUGCUGGAAACAAUAUUAGCGGUACAGUUCCCCAGAAUCUUACGAGUUUGAAAUCUUUGAGGUUGUUGGAUUUGACAGGAAACAAUUUUGAACCUCCAUUACCGAAAUUUCGAGAUGAUGUUAAAGUAUUAGUCUUGGGGAACCCUUUUUUGGUUUCUAAUCACUCUGGAGUACCUCCUUUACCCGUUACACAUCCACCAGUUACUAGCGUGUCACCUCCACUGGACGACACAUUCUCAGGUGAUGCAAAACCACCACCACUAUCGAGGAGUCCGGUUCCAGCAUCUCCAAUUGCAGUAACGAAUUCCUCUUCGUCUGAGUCUGUUCAUGUUGAAUCCGAGACACACAAGUCUUCAAAGACAAGUAGACUUAUAUAUGUGAUUGCCACAGUGCUCAUCAUAGUCAUGGUAUUUCUAUCAGUAUUGUUCUGUAUUUUCUGCUGUAGGAAGCGAAAACAAUCAGCUGAAUCUUCUACUUUUGUGGUGCACCCAAAAGAUCCCUCAUACCCUGAAAAUAUGGUUAAGAUUUCCGUUUCAAAUAAAAACACAGGAAACGUAUCGAAUCAAACAGGAGCUAGCAUGACAAGUACUAAUAGUGGUGGAACUGAGAACUCUCAUGUGAUUGAGGAUGGAAAUCUAGUUGUAGCCGUGCAAGUUCUCCGUAAGGUGACUAAUGAUUUUUCCCCUGAAAAUGAGCUCGGACGAGGCGGGUUUGGAACUGUCUAUAAAGGUGAGUUGGACGACGGGACGAAAAUAGCAGUGAAGAGAAUGGAGGCUGGAUCAAUCAGUAACAAAGCAUUAGAAGAGUUUCAAUCUGAAAUCGCUGUUCUAUCCCAUGUUAGGCAUCGACAUCUGGUAUCUCUUUUGGGAUACUCCAUAGAAGGAACUGAAAGGCUUCUUGUUUACGAGUAUAUGCCUCAAGGUGCUCUUAGCAAGCAUCUCUUCCAUUGGAAAAAUCUUAAAUUGGAGCCUCUACCUUGGAUGACCCGGCUCACAAUUGCAUUGGAUGUUGCCCGGGGGAUUGAAUAUCUGCAUGGUUUGGCCCGACAAACCUUCAUACAUCGAGAUCUUAAAUCGUCUAAUAUUCUUCUAGGUGAUGAUUUUCGAGCUAAAGUUUCAGAUUUUGGAUUGGUCAAGUUAGCUCCAGAUGGAGAGAAGUCGGUGGCAACAAAGCUGGCUGGUACAUUCGGGUAUCUAGCACCCGAGUAUGCAGUGAUGGGGAAGAUAACUACAAAAGCUGAUGUAUUCAGUUUUGGGGUGGUGCUGAUGGAACUUUUGACUGGAAUGAUGGCACUCGACGAGGAGCGCCCGGAGGAAAGCCGGUACUUGGCAGAGUGGUUUUGGCGAAUCAAAUCGAACAGAGAAAAGCUAAUGUCUGCCAUUGAUCCAGCUCUAUCUGUAAACGAUGAUCUCUUUGAGAGGAUCUCCGUAAUCGUGGAAUUGGCAGGACAUUGCACAGCUAGAGAGCCAACCCAUCGUCCCGAUAUGGGGCAUGUUGUGAAUGUGCUUUCGCCUUUGGUUGAGAAGUGGAAACCAAUUCACGAUGAUGCUGACAGUUUCUCCGGGAUUGAUUACAGUCUACCGCUUCCUCAAAUGCUGAAGGUAUGGCAGGAAGCAGAAAGCAAGGGGACAAGCUUUUCAAGCCUUCAAGACAGUAAGGGAAGCAUCCCCGCUCGCCCCACUGGAUUUGCAGACUCCUUCACCUCUGUUGAUGGAAGAUGAGUUAAACUUGUUUCCAGUACAGAAACUUUUCUUGUUACAAUACACAAGGGUGAUGAACAUUCCCUUUUGAACUAUUACCUUCUUGCUCAAAUAUAAUAUAAUCAAUUAAAGCAGUUGAAAGUUGAUUUCUUUGGCUUCUUA